UCCAAGUCAACGAACUAAAAUACCAAAAUCUGAAAAUCUUUAAUAUAAAAAGAUGCUCACAGGUAAACAACAAAGCCAGGGAUUAAUAAACGUGCGAAAAUAGAACUGAUACAACCGGUUACAUGUCUUCCCUGCUAUAUAACAGCCCCCAACAUUAAGACUAGUCUAAACAGACGACAUUAAAAUGUGGGUCCUGAUAGUUUGUUCAAUUUUAGUAACAGUCGUAAACAGUACGCCACAGCUAAUUUGGAGAAAUGGUGAAACCUCAAUUGCAAACUAUCCUUACCAAGUUUCUUUACAAUCUGCCGGACGACACGUGUGUGGUGGUACCAUUAUUUCCUCAAGGUGGAUAAUAACUGCAGCUCAUUGUACUUAUGGAAAAUUCCCAGAGCUACUAUCAGUUAGAGCCGGAAGCUCCUUCAGGGAAACUGGAGGACAAGUAGUUAACGUGGCACAAAUAAUCCAGCAUCCACAACAUGACCCAGCAACUAAUGAGUACGACAUAGCAAUUUUGGAAUUGGACGCUGACAUUUCCAUACCCAGCGCAAGACCCAUUUCUUUGCCGACUGAUAAUUAUUUUGUGGCUGAUGGUGUUAAGACCACUGUGACUGGAUGGGGUGUUACAACAGCUAAAGGCGAACCCUCUUUGCAACUUCUUGUCAUGGAACUCCCCAUUGUGUCUCGCGAAAGAUGUCGUGAAAUCCUUGAUGAUUACUCAGUAAACGAAAGGAUGAUUUGCGUUGGCAUUUCCAAGGAAGGCAAAGACGUCUGCGAUAUUGAUUCUGGUGGUCCGUUGGUUGUUCACGGAAUGUUAAUAGGAAUUGUCUCGUGGGGUAAAGGAUGUGCUAGUGCCCACCAUCCUGGUGUUUAUGUCUAUAUACCUGCUUUCAGAGGCUUUAUUCAUCAGGUCACUGGCAUUUAAUUAUAAUUAUAGUUAAUUAAUUAAAAAUUUUAAAGUAAAUUGGCUUAUUAUUUAAAAAAGAUGUACUAUUACUUAUCAAUUUGUCUUAA